CGCUACCGAUUUUACGCUUGAAAUGUGGAUGAUUAAAAGAUACGCGAAGCGACGCUCUUCGACUGUCAUGGUGAUGCUCUUCUCUCUGUUGCUGCUGCUCCUCGACAGCGCCUUCAGUGCGCGUUCGCCACCUCAAUUGCCCCACCAGUUCCAAGCGGAGGUGCACGUUUUGUCGCAUCUUACCGAUCCUCGUCAGGAAUAUCCACCGUCAAUGGGUAGGAUGAAGGUCCAGUACGACUUUGACCAGCAACUCGCAAGAGCCGAGAUGCUGGAAGGAUACAACGCAGGUAAAACCUUCCUGCGACGAUAUGACCAAAAACAAGAAUUCAUGGUCAAGAGUGGAGAGUUUCGAAAGUGUGAACGUGCCUACUUGGGCGACGCCAUGCCAGUCCCAGAGAUCCCCUUUGCUCAGGAAUUUGUGGCUAUGGAAAGCGUGAGAGGGAAAGUCUGUGAACAUUGGGUGCACGCACAUGACAAUGUUCGCGUGCAUGUGUAUAGUGACGUCUCAACCAAUGUUCCGAUUCGGCUAACGGAAGAAAAUGUCAUUGAUGGGCAGCCAACGAUGCUGCAGACGUUUGACUUCCAUAACGUACACAUUGGGCCGCAAAAUGUGUCUAGCUUCGCAAUUCCAGACGGAUACGAACGAAGCGACUGUGCACGAAACGUGGGAGGUUUCCCCUACAUCCACGCUUUUCACUACUACCUACGAUUCUAAUUUUCAGAAUGCACGGAGUCGCGAUGAAUAAAUUGUUGCUUAUCGACACGCCUGGUCGACGUUCCAAACAAAAUGCACUUUACCACUUUUGCGUGUCA